GCAUGAGUUUAAAUGGACUCCAGAGGAUGGUAGAGGACAGGAAGGCCUGGAGGAACGUUGUCCACGGGGUCGCGAUGGGUUGGACACAACUUCGCAACUAACAACAACAACAUCAGAAUAGUUCUUGGUGGGAGUAAUAAAGCUGAAGGAAAUGGUGGUACCAAUGCUGGACAUGCCUGUUCAACCUAUCGGGAUGGUUGCUGAUGUUGUGUUUGUUAUUGAAGGCACUGCCAAUCUUGGACCUUACUUUGAAUCUUUGCGCAAGCAUUAUCUUCUCCCUGCAAUUGAGUACUUUAAUGGUGGUCCUCCAGCUGAAACAGACUUUGGAGGAGAUUAUGGUGGUACCCAAUAUAGUCUGGUGGUGUUUAAUACAGUAGACUGCGCUCCUGAAUCAUACGUACAGUGCCAUGCGCCAACGAGCAGUGCGUAUGAGUUUGUCACAUGGCUGGACAGUAUUCAGUUUGUGGGUGGUGGUGGUGAGAGCUGCAGCCUCAUCUCAGAAGGUCUCAGUACUGCCCUACAACUCUUUGAUGACUUCAAGAAGAUGAGAGAGCAAAUAGGCCCCACACAUAAAGUCUGCAUCCUUAUCUGCAACUCGCCUCCCUAUCUGCUUCCAGCUGUGGAGAGUACCACAUAUUCAGGCUAUACAACAGAAAAUCUGGUUCAAAAGAUUGGUGAGCGGGGAAUUCACUUUUCUAUUAUCUCCCCACGGAAACUGCCAGCUUUGCGCAUUCUCUUUGAGAAAUCUGUGACAGGGAGCAUGUUGGAGAAUCAGUUGAAAGACUACAGCCAGGACCCCCGGCACAUGAUCCUUAUCCGUGGUAUGGUACUUCCAGUAGGAGGAGCAGGAGCAACCAAUAACAACCUGCAGCCCAAACAACCUGUAUCCCAGCCUCCUACAGUUCCUCCUCCACUCCCUCCAGCACAACCUCAGAUUAUGCCACAAGUUUCUCAGCCGUAUCAGGUUACACAACCUCCUACUCUUACUGCAGCCCAGGCAGCUGCUCAAUCUGCUGUGGAAGCCGCCAAGAACCAAAAGACCGGUCUAGGCACCCGCUUCCCUUCAUUGAAUACCAUGCAACCAGCUUUCAGUCAAACUCCUACGCAGACCCUUCCAACAGGCUCUGUUCCAGCUCUGACUCAAAAGCUCCCUGCCUCAUCUCAGUCUAGUCUGGUCUCCACAGUAACCACAGGCUCUGCCCUGCUGGUUCAGCCACCUGUGCAAGCCUCCCCACAAUCUGGUGCAUCAGCCAUGACUAGUGGUGUGCCUCCCAACAGUAUGAAUGUGACUCAGCCGGCACAGGCACAAAUUGGAGCACCCCAGCAAUCUAUCCCAAACAAAGUGAUGGCAUGGAGUGGGGUGCUGGAAUGGCAGGAGAAGCCGAAGCCAACUUCUGUGGAUUCCAAUACUAAGCUCACACGUUCCCUGCCUUGCCAGGUGUAUGUCAAUCAAGGAGAGAACUUGAAGGCUGAACAGUGGCCCCAGAAGCUCAUUAUGCAAUUAAUUCCCCAACAGCUCUUGACAACUCUGGGUCACCUGUUCCGCAAUUCUCGCAUGGUGCAGUUCCAUUUCACCAAUAAGGACUUGGAAUCCCUCAAAGGACUGUAUCGCAUCAUGGGCAAUGGAUUUGCUGGCUGUGUCCACUUCCCUCACACAACACCUUGUGAGGUGCGAGUGCUGAUGCUGCUCUACUCUUCCAAGAAAAAAAUCUUCAUGGGGCUCAUUCCUUAUGACCAGAGUGGUUUUGUCAAUGGGAUCCGCCAAGUCAUCACUAACCAUAAACAAGUUCAGCAGCAAAAGCAGAUGGGAAGUUCUCAACCCAUGGGGUCCACACCCAACACCCAGCCCUUCCUGACAAAGCAGCCUGGCAGUUUGCCAGUAACUCCAGGAGUCCAACAGCAGAUGGGUGGGCAACAAGUGAGCCCUGGUAUGCCUCAGGUGGGAAUCAUGGAAGAACGGCAACAGAGUUUGUUGCAGCUCCGAGUGCAGCAACCUCAGCCAGCUGCCCCACCUACCAACCAACCUCCUCAACCACAGGGUCCACCCCAGGCUGGGCCACAGGCCACCCAAGGAGGGGCUAUGCUUAGACCCCAAAACCCAGGAGCCAAUCCUCAACUCCGAAGCCUUCUUCUGAGCCAACAACCGCCUCAAGCUGGAGUCCCUCAAUCCCAGCAACCCCUUCACCACUUACAGCAAGGGUCUUCAGGAAUGUUACCACACCAGUCCAUGGGGCAGACUCUUGGACAUCAGCCUCCUGGGCAGCAACAGCUCCAGCUUCCUGGACAACCUCUCAUGCACCAAGCUCCCGGGCAGCAGUGGCCAGCCCAGAUGGCACCACGGCCACAAUUGCAAGGUCAAAUGCUAAUGAAUGCUGGUCCCCGGGGGCCUGUUUCUCAACCAGGCCUGCAGCAGGUUCCUGCCCCCAGCAUCAUGGAGGAUGACAUCCUCAGAGACCUUAUCUGAGGACGCAGGAGGAUAUUCCUCCAAUAUCACCCAGUGCUGAAAUCAUCUCUGUAAACUGGGAAGAUGCUUCUUUUCCAGAGAAUAUUCUUUUUUUCUCAUUUGUAAUUUUUUUUUUGUUCCUCUCUGUUAAGAAAUAUUGCACACUUUCAUUGAAGUUGGUCUUUCCUGAGAUUAAUUCUGUUUCUCACUCCUUUUCCUGCAAUUUUAGGAAUGUCACCCAGUUCUGCUGUGUUUUAGGUUACACUAAGAGUUCAGGCCAACUUCCCAGGUUCCCCGGUGGGUUUUCAAUUAAUUUUGGUAUGGAGAGAUAAUUGAAUAAAAGGAGAGAGAAAUAAAAGUAAUCCUAUUGUGAGGUAUGCUGUAAAGUUCUGAUCCAAGAUCCCAUAUCUCUCAAAGAGCGAUAUUAGAUCUAAUCUAAUAAUUAGAUCUAAUGAUCUAAAGCAGGGGUCUCAAACUGAUGGCCCACAGGCCGGAUCCAUCAUGCACAGGCCACGCCCACCACAGCUCCACCAAGAAAAAAAUGUCACGAUAUGUCACGUGAUGGCAUCAUGAUAUGGCAAGUUUGACGCCCAUGAUCUAAAGUAUUUCAAAUGACAAAGACUUUAAAAUAAUUAAAGAUUUUUUUAAUUGGUGUACACCUCCCAUUCUUAGCAGUCAGGAGUUCAAACCCUGAUUGGAACCCUAGUUCAAAUAUCUCAUUGCUUCCUUCCUUACAAAUCCCUACAGCAACCCUUCUUCUGGUUUACAACUGCCCAAAUUAUAGCAGCCCACAUACAUUGUAUUCAAAUUCAGGAGUGGUGCAGUGGCCUAGAGGUGGAGCUCUCGCCUCACAAUCAAGAGGCUGUGAGUUCGAUUCUAGAUAGAGGCAUAUAUUUCUUUCUCUGGGCACAGUGAGAAUAUAUCUGCUGAAUAAAACUCCACAUUGGUGACAGGAAGGGCAUCCAGCCAUUAAAACACCCUGCUAACUCCAUUCAAUUGCCCAGACUCCACCCCGCAAGGGAUUAUAGGGAUGAUACAUUGUAUUCAAAUUAGCUUUCCAAAUGCAUAACAGUUUGGCUUUGCUUUCUAAAACACAGGCUUUCUUAGGGCAGAAGUAAAAAUCUAAGACCAGGAUGCUACAUUUCGUUUUAGAGUGUACACUGUUUUCAGAAGCAGAGAUAGUGUAAAAUUAUAAUCUGGGUGGGUUCUUGUAAUAUAUGGUCCUGUUAUAAGACAGAAAAGUAGAUAGAGUAAGCAUGCAAGGACUGGAAUGAAGGAUGUCAAUAAAACACUUCUACAAGUAUAUAUGCACUAUUGUUGGCCAGCAUGGCAUUUAUUAAUCACCCUUUUUUAUUAGGCAAGGCGAUUUUGGUUGCUACAGAAGUCAGGCCCAGUGCCCUGAACAGUACAGUCACUGAAAUCCAUAUCACAUAGGUCACAGUGACAACUGAGAGCUACAGGGUAGGUGAAAGACGGAUCAACAUCUGGGGGACAGCCUUGCAGAAGUGCAGUCUCAUAUUGUAUUUCUUUGUAAAAGCAGACCUUUUGGUUGAAGGAGGGGAAGAUAGGUUUCCACAGCAGAUCCUGUAAAAGACAUAGAGAGAUUGGCUAGACACGAUAGGCUUUUUUUCCUACUCUUUCAUGGGGCAGCAUCCAAAAAUGUCACAGGUGCCACCCUUUUGCCUAGUGUUGGCCUAAUUCCUCUUACCUGCCUAUUUGAGUGCGUAUGGCUUGCUACUACUCCAAACAUGCUGUUACCAGCAACCUCCAGAAGUUCCUUCUCAAUGCUAUUGAAGCUGGGGAAUUGGUGGGACAUUUGCUGCCUUUGCGGUGAGUAGUAGGAAGAUGUAAUGACAAACUGGGCAGCAAAGUGUCAGAUAAAAGCAAAUGAUGAAGAACUAAGGCUUUCCAAGUGACAUCUUCUGUCUGGGAAACUAAGGCUGCAUAAAGCCUCUUGAUAGGAAAAAGUUGCCUGUUCUUCCAGGAUGGAAAGCAAAGCCUGCUAGACUGUAAUAUGUAACUAAAAAUGCAUUGUUCAGGGGUAUCUGUAUUUUUCUCCCCCAGUAGUAACCAAGCAAGUGAAGAGCAGUACCUCCUUGGGUCAAGUAACUGGCCCUAUUUUAUAAAGGUUAUAAUGUCCUUAAUGUUAAGGCCCCAAAUGGUUAGGAGACUGAGGAGUGGAUAGCUGCAAAACAAGCUCCUCUCAGCCCCCUUUCUGGGCUAAUGCUUAGGUACACUCCAUGCAGGAUUCAUGCGCCCAUCAAUUGCAGGCAACUGUCAGAGCAUCCCCAACAAGACAUUUUGUCAAAUUAACCACAAAUUAACUCACAGUUCCAAUAAACAUAACCUAUAUCUACAAUAUUUUAGAAUUCUCUCCAAAAGUCAUCAAGAGGAGAAAACCGUUGGCUGUAAACCAAGGCCAAUUUCCCUUUCCUGGCAGCUUUAUCUUAUCUGUCCAUUAUGCCUAUGACUGCAGGAAACAAACAGUAGCAGCCCCCAUUUAGGGAAAUUUUGUGUAGUUAUGACUGAAUGUAUUUUUUUUUCCCCCAAGUCAUUGCAUUGCCUUGAGUCUUAAAAGGGUUCUGGGAUAGAGGGUAGCUUUCUCAUUUAGGCGCCUUCUAGGCACAUUAGCUCAAACCAGGCAUUAUGGCCAUCUGUGCUAGCUUAGGACAAGGAAUGUU